CUACUAUACUUACCCUGCUGCACCUACACACUGGCUGCACACGUAGCACGCAGUAUAGAAAACCUAUAUAAAGCAUGAAUAUACAUAACACUCAUAUAGUGGCAGGAGAACUCACAUAUAUCCUCCUUAUUACGUCAUGACUUCCCUCACACCAUGUACACCGCGCUCGUCUCUGCGUCACACAUCCUCUCACUGCGCUGAAGGAAACUUUCCCGCCCGCCGCAGACCACGUGACCCGCGCCCUCACAGCAGGCUGAGUGUAAUUGUAGCCGUGUGAGGUGCCGCUCCACAGCCGCCCGACAUGACGCAGAGCUCGGAUAUACCACGGGAUGUUAUCGCUCUUCUCAGAGUUUCAGAAUCCUUUCUUGCCACCUGUCUUCAGCAUGAGCCUGUGAGCAGCAAAGCAAGAGAAGUUGGAGAAGAAAUACUGCAGGAUUUUGGGAUACUUCGAAAUAGGUACCCCUUGGAUUUUGAACAGAUAGAUGAUGAAGGUGAAAGACUCACACAAGGGCAGGACAGCUACGAUGAUAAUCGUAGCCUGAGUCAUGGGACAGCCUCCGAUGAGGUUUCUCUUCCCUCCGAUUACCUAGAUGAAGAAACUCGAGAUGCAGACGAGCCUGAAAAGCUGUUGAAACAAGGCUACCUAGAGAAGAGGAACAGAGACCAUGGCUUCUUUGGGUCAGAAUGGCAGAAAAGGUGGUGUGUUCUCACAAACAUAAGUUUUUGCUACUACUCCAGUGAAAAAGAUUUUAUGGUAAGAAAAGUUCCUAAGGGUGGCUUCCUGAUAAAAGACUGUGGUGCCCAGCUGGUAUCAAAUAUCCGCAAAGACACUCGACGAGAUUCCUGCUUUGAGCUGAUCUCUCCUGGCAAUCGCAGUUUUGAGUUCACAGCCGGCAGUCCAGGAGAAGCCAGGGACUGGGUGGAGCAAAUACAAUUUUUGGUAAAAGAUAUCAUUUCACCCUCCAUACCCUAUGACGAAGAGGAUGAUGAAGAGUCCUACGAUGAUGUGGACAGCUUGAACUCCUCUCAUAUGAUACACCCUCCACCUCUGAACAGGGCAGACAGUCCCACAGGGGAUGAUGACAUCUAUGAGGUAGUUCCAGGGAGAUCAUGUUCCAGACAGACUGGUACAAGAGCGGAUGUUUGUGUAGAAGAGAGAGCACUGGGACCUACAGUGCCAUUUACAUCAGACCAGGAAAACAAGCAGACAUUAAUUUAGAACAGCCGACGUUGAAUUCUUUAUUAGAUCCUCUGCACAAGAGUUAUGCUUCUGAAAGUGCCCUAAUCAGAUUGUGCCCUUCACCAUCAAGGGCAACAACUCUUGCCAUUCUGUGGGUACUAUGGUUUUUGAGAUAACACUAGAGCUGGAUGUUUGCACACAUUGUAUUUAUAAACCUACAUUUCUUUAGUGACACAUAAAGUGCAGCAUUUUUAUUCUGUUUUCUGCAGGCAGGUUCUCUGUCACUGUACUUUAGCUGUGUAAUGUGCAUGUUGCAGUUUGUAUUCCUAGGCAGACUGUUGAAAAGCAUUCAUUAGUUUCAACAGAGACAAGGCAGAUGAAGCGACAUAGUACUGAAAGAGAAGAGGACAACGAGGGCCUACCUUUUGUCUAUAUUGCCAAUACAUCCACUUUGUUGUUUUUUGUAAAUGCAGAAAGUGAGUGAAGCCACUUUCAAUAAUUUAUCUUCAAAUCAAUGUGAAUGAGUUUGUGUCUGGCGGGCUCAAUGCUCCACAAUCAAGCCUGAUUUAUUCAAUAGAGAGAUUCCUCUCUAAUGGGGGCAGAGCCGCCGAUGCACUGACCCUCCUGCAUGGGGCCCAAUUUGUAACUUACAAAAAGCUGACCUAAUUCUCAUUGAUUGCCGCUGGUUAGCCAGAGACAGCAGUAUGUAGGCAUUAGAUGUGAGGUGGGCUCCUGUCCAGGAAGGAGACCUACAAUGCUUUGCUCUCUCAGCUUGUCCCAUUCCCAUAUCUAUUUAUUAAAUGCCUGUAUUUCAGCCAUGGUAAUGUAUAUGAAUGUCUUAUAUUAAAGUGGAGAGUUAAUUGUAAAACCCACAGUAUUUGUUAUGUAUUAAUGGAUAUUCUUUUUUUUUUAAUCCCUCGCUAUGGUAUAUUUAGUCCCACACAAUGUAUUUUUAUACAAAUAUGUGCGUUUUUGCACCGUUACAGCAGUUUGGCUUUGAAAAUGUCAAGGUAGAGAUACUUACAUCUAAGCCCAUUACCUUUGUCCG